AUGGAGGAGGUUAAAGAGAAGCAACAAGCAUUAGAUUUCAGUGUUAAUGGAAUUGAAAUUCAUUUUCCAUAUCAAUUCAUUUAUCCAGAACAAUACCAAUUUAUUAAAACAGUUACUAGUGGAGUUACAGAUAAUAAAAAACCACCUCACAAACAAAUUAUUAUUGAAAUGGGUUCUGGAACUGGAAAGACAGUAAGCAUUAUCACUGCAGCAAAAGGAUUGUUGGAUAAUCAAGGAAGUAAUAUUUCACAUACAAUUUAUUGUACUCGUACUAUUGAUGAAAUUAAACGAGUUUUUAAUGAAUUAACAAAAUUAUCAAUACCAUCAAUUGUACUAGCAUCAAGAACUCACUUAUGUUUAUUGGAUGAUGUAAGGGAAAGUAAACAUGCACCAUUACUGUGUCAAGAAAAAAGAGAUAAAGGAUUAUGUCCAUAUUAUCAUGAAAUAGAAGAUGAAAUACCAACCAUUGCUGGGAUAGAUGAAUUAGUUCAAUUUGGUAAACAACAUAGACAAUGCCCAUAUUUCUGUUCAAGAAAAAAUUUUUAUAAAUCACCAUUUAUAGUUUGUACAUAUAACUAUAUUCUUGACCCUAAAGAAGAAAAUGUUACUAUAGGUAAAAUGAUUGAUUUAGAUCAGACAUUACUUGUUUUUGAUGAAGCACAUAAUGUAGAUAAUAUUGUUGUUGAUGCACAAACACUUACAUUAUCAUUAGAAACAAUAGAACUUGCAACAAUUUCAUUAGCUCGUCUUACAAAACUUCUUUCAAUUGAAGCAUCAAAAAAACCUUUAGAAAAUGAAUAUAAACGACUUGUAGAAGGUCUUAGACGUUCAGAAUUAACUAAUAAUAUUGAAGAAGGAGAGCCAUAUUUUUAUAAUGAAAAAAAGAAAACAUCAGAAGGAGAUGUUGAUUAUGACAAAGUUAUUCCAGGGACUUUUAGAAAUUCGAGUCAAUUUGUUCUUUUAAUGAAAAGAAUAGUAAAUUUUUUUAGAGAGAAAUUGCAUGAAGCUCCUACAAAAAAACAACAACGAAUUAAGGAACAACACUCAAUUCAAGUGAAAGAUAUUGUUACUGGAUUAUGUGAUUCUUCAGUCUUAACACCAGAAAUCAUUAAAUUUAUUCCUAAUAGACUUCAUUUACUUAUUCAAACACUUGGAGAUGAAUAUGGAGGAAGACAAGAUGUGAAAGGAGAUUCAUUUUAUUAUGAUGCCUUAUAUCUUGUAGCAGAUUUUGCAGCAUUACUCUGUUCUAGUCAAGAAGGAUUUUCUUAUGUUCCAGAUGUAGUGAAAAUAGAUAAAGAUGAUUAUUAUCAUUCUGUAUUAAAUUUAGUUUGUGUUGAUGCAGCAAAUGCUAUCCAACCAAUAUUAAAUAGAUUUCAUUCGAUAGUUUUUACAUCAGGAACAUUAAGUCCAUUAAAAACAUAUAUUAAUAUUCUUGGGUUAAAAAAUGUUGUUGAAGAAAAACAAAUUAGAUCACCAACAAGUAAUGUAGGAAGAAGAAUUUGUCCAUUAUUUGUAACAAAAGGAUUUGACCGUAUUGCUAUUACUUCUCAAUUAGCAGAUUCUAAGUAUGCUGGAGCACGGAGUGACCCAUUAAUUCUUUCAUCUCAAUUUUUCUAUAGAGCUGAUCGUUUAAUUCUCCAUUCUUAUGGUAAAUUAAUUGUAGAAUUAUCUAAAACAGUACCAGAUGGUGUUUUAUGUUUCUUUCCAAGUUAUGCUUAUAUGAAUAUUUGUAUUUCUUAUUGGAAUGAGAUGAAAAUAUUUGAAUCAAUUGCACAAAAUAAAUUAGUAUUUAUUGAAUCAAAAAAUGCUUAUGAAACAUCUCUUGCUUUCCAAAAUUAUAAAUUAGCUUGUCAUACUGGUAAAGGUGCUGUAUUACUUUGUGUUAUACGUGGUAGAUUAUCUGAAGGAAUAGACUUUACAAACCAUCUUGCUAGAGCUGUUUUAAUUAUAGGAGCUCCAUAUCUCCAGUCAAGUCCUAUCCCAAUUAAAGAAAGAGUUGAAUAUCUUAAUAAUAAAAAAAUUAUUUCAAAAGAUGAUUAUUUUACAUUUGAUGCUAUGAGAACUUGUAAUCAAUGUCUAGGAAAAUGUCUGAGGGGAAAAACUGAUUAUACAGUUGUAAUAUAUGCAGAUAAAAGAUAUAAACUUAAUGAUCGUAAUGUCAAGGCAUCUAUGCCACAAUGGAUUCUUGAUGCUAUCCAAAAAAGAUAUACUGACCUUUCUGCUGAUCAAAGUAUUGUAUUAGCAAAAGAAUUCUUAAUGAAAAUGAGUUAUUCAUUUGAUACUCAAUUCCCAAUUAAAGAAAUGAUUGGUAAAACAUUAUGGACAUUAGAUGAUAUUCGUAAAGAACAAUUAACAACACAAAAUUAA